AAAUUCCAUCAUCGAGCAUGAACAUCUUUGCGACAGUGUCUAUGGAGUCCCGGGCAUUCCGAUAUUUGAUCGGGUAAGUAGAACUUAUUUGCCGGCCCGGUUAUGAACCGAUAUAUCCGACGCAGCCGGAACAUCCGAGUUAUGGUCGAUGCCCAUUAUUAAUCGUUUAAUGUAUUCUUGCCAUCAUUCAUUCAUUUCACUGAUCCAGAAGAAGAUACUUCUACUUGAUUCGAUCUUCUAACAUUGUAGAAGAAUACUCUACGCUAGUUUUGUUUGUAGCCGUCGGCUUCAACGGCAUUAUUUCGGUACUCUUUUCCGCAUAAUCACGGGUGUAGUCAGAUAAAAUUUUCGCCCCACUAACUCCUGAUUGAAGCAAUGUUCUUUUGAGAUUCGAGAUACCAUUCACAUUUUAGUGGUAUAAAAACUAAGAUCAUCUCGCAGCUAUUCAGUUCGGAGGCUAGACUAUCUUAUCAAUUGUGACUAUCGUCUCCUGCCACCCACAUAUUCAUGCAAAGCAGACUCACAAUCCUGCAUAAUGGAGUCUCGCAUCAAUGGAGAAUUACCCCGGAUGACGAUCCAAGGCCUACACGAUGCUGAGGAAUUAUCUUUUGAGGAGAAAAACAUCACGAACGAGGAGCUGGAGUCAUUCAUGACGUUUCCAGAUUCUGCUUUUGAUAUGGAUACAUUCUUACAGGAUAAUUUAGAUAUCAAUUCUCAAUGGCAAAUGGUGGACCCGGUCCUUCCGCCUCAAUCCAUUGUAGAGCCAGGCAAUGGUCCUUCGGCAUUUGAUACGGCUAACAAUAAUGUUUCAAGCACUUACUUUUCGGAGACAGCUGCAAUGGAUUUCUCUUUCAAUAGUUGCAAUACUCUUGGUGGUCAUCUUCCAAAUCUCGAGUCUGACGGGUGGCUUACAUCAUUUCUUGAGUCACCCGAGUCGAUACUUUACCCCUCUUCGGAAGAUAAUUCAUUUGCAGAGCCGCAAAUACCUUGUGAGCCUGUUCAAUCUAAAGUUCAGAUUUCUUUUAAGAAUAGAGGCUUGAAUAGUGGUGCAUCUGAAAGAGAUUCGCCAAUUGAUGAGGUUAAAAAGGAGGUGCCCGAAUCGGUACCAUCAGAGUCUCGGAUAGAAUCCCCCCAUGCUGAGGAUCAAGCAACUUCAUCCCUCAAUGGAACAAUUGUGGCAACUCCUCAAAACAUGGAAGACUGUUUGAUAAAUUUUCAUAGUGGAGUAAAAGCGCCGAAGAGAAAAAGAAAAGAGUUCAAUCGACGGGAAAAGCUGAAAGUUCAUUUGGUUAGACAAGCUGGAGCGUGUCAAAGUUGUCGAGCUCGUAAGGUCGAGUGUACAUCUGAUGGCGUUUGUGAUCGAUGCUUCAAGUUGGCUGGUGAUCCACUUAUGGCUCGACAAAUUUGCAUCCGACAUAAAUUGAAAGAUGUGUACCUUGGAGUCACAGAUGUUCAAACCAGAUUGCUCACGUCUGGGAAAGCGCAAGUAUAUCAGCUACUUAGUGCGCUUGAAGGUCAUAUGGCAAAGGUUGAACUUCGUGCCGACUGUUCCAUGGAAAAUUUUCCAUGUCGCUCACUUCCCUGUAAAGUGAUGGUUUGUAGAUCUGAGGAUUUCUGCCGGUGGAGAAGUUUGACAAAAAUGAAUGGUGUUUACAUAACGCACAAGUCGUUGCGAGAUAAGACAUAUCUAGUUGUCCCAGACUCACUGCCUACCGUUGAUGAACUGGAUUUCUUCGGCAGGGAAAUUCUUCUAUCUUCUCCUGAGAGUCAUUCUGGUAAAAUAACCCACAUCUUGGAUAAAUUUCUUUACAUCUAUUGCAAACAAUAUUUUGGGUCGCACCUGGCAUGUCUAUGUAAUGCUGCAUUCAGAAUCACGAGCUUAAAUAGCCUUGUUUUCUAUGGAGUGGCGAAUAUCCAUUGCCAUCCCCAUGGCCAGCUUGAUGUAGUCAACACAAUCAAUGAUACUUUCUCUCCAGAUACCGUCCGCGAACAAGUCCGCCUCAAAGCCUCCGAGGGUCUCGAGGAAGCUGAAAAGUAUUUCUUUUCCGAAAUUGAAAAUCUCUGCAAGAAGUCUGCAAGCAACAAACAAACGCGCAUUAUUGCCGGUAUAUGUUUGUUAAGACUGAUGCUUUUCUAUCGGGAACGAGUCGUACGAAUCGAGUUGAGAUCUAAUCUUCCAAGAUGCAAGACAGAUGAAGACCUGAAAAAUUGCAUUCACCCCGGAAAAACAGAUCCUCAAAAACGAUCCGAACAAUGUGGUUUCAUGUACAAGCAAUUGGCUGUGGCAUUCAGCACUCUUUGCAGAGGCGACAAUACACCACUGACCACUGAAUGGGAAGCUGAAGCUGCCGGAAGAGUAGCCCCAGAUGCUCCCAUGCUUGCGAAUACUUUCUCGGAACUUAAGAUCGCAUAUACGGAAUUUUGUGAGAAAAAGUUAACUCAUAGGGAUGAUGAUGUGUUUAAGACUUUGAUUGUCGAUCCAGCCGAGAAAGAGAGGGAACGAAUAGCGAAGAAACAGUCGAAGCCGCUCAAAGUUCGGAAACAGUCCAAGGGUUGAGAACUCUUGCCGGCUCCUGCAUCUACCUUGACCAAUCUCAUGGAAAAAUACCUCCCCCUUUUAAUUUUAUGGGGAUAUCCGCGCUAAAAUUAUCUGGAAGCUCAUUCACAAUUGCAACCCCCAAUUCUGGUACAUUCCUAAGUCGUCAAUUUUCGCAAAACGUGGUUGAAGUGGUCUAGAAUCCAGCUCCACAUUACUGUAUCCUUGAGAGUCCCUCUUCAAACCUUUUUACUCGUUUUCCUCACCGAUAGAAGACAACCAGCAUCAUGCCGAUUAACCAGUUGAAAGCCACAGGCUCGCAUAUAACGGCGCCGAAUCUUUCUCCCCUCGUCAAUUGACGACGAAAAUGUCCCUGGGCGGUUUCGAUUGUCGAUGCACGACCAGUACCAGCUGUAAUCAAUUCAUGAUUGGUGGCGAACUGUCGACAUCAUUAUUUCCGCCGAUAAAGUCAUCGCUUUUGUAGCUGGAAUCACACUUAUUUCUGAAACGGGUAUCAAAUCAACUGCACAGUCAAUUCCACCGAAAUAAGUGCAUGUUACCUCGUUAUCUGGCAUUGUUGGGCUAGAGAUACUUACAACAAUUCUAGAUGCAGUUGGCGAGUUCUACUAGUAUUGUAGAAUAAAACGAAGUGUGGAAUUAAGAAACGCAACGGAGGUUAGAAGGUUCUAUGGAUCGAGUAAAUAUUGAUCGCUUAGGAGUUUACUCAAUCAUGUGCAUGUCAA